CAACAACUAAAUGCCCAAGUUGCUGCUGCGAUUGUCGCCCCCGAGUCGGCACAUAAUCACCCUUUUUUGCUGCCCGUUCCCGCCUGCCUUGGCCGCCCGUGCCAGAGCGAAAGGCGAUUGAACAACUGGAACUGCCGCGUAUGAGCCUCCACCGCCGCCUGCUGCGGAAUCUCCCCAGCCCGUCCUUACAUGCUGUUACUCCCCUUCUUCCCUCUCUUUCGUUUGUUCCUCUGUAUUAUCCUCCUCGGUCGCAUUCUCCUCUUUUGUCUCUCCUUUAUCAACUUUUGUGCCGUGGCCUUGGCUCACAGGCCCGCUUCGGCCAUGUUUCAGCGUUUGCGCGACGCGAUCGACUCGCGGAUUGCCGAGGAGCAAGCCCGUCAACGCUCCGCCCAAACCUCCAUCUCCCGCUCCAACUCCGCCCGCCAACCUUCGAACCGCACGACCACUUCCCCAUCCCGCCGCUCUGGCCGCCCGCGCCGCAACACCGGCACCCCCGUCCGGGGCCCCGACCCCAAUGAAUUCGAGCCCGAGUUCGCCAUUGGGGAUGAUGACUCCUCGAGUAGAUCGGGAACGCCGCGACCGGAGGCCGCAGCUGGAGGAGGCUCCGAAACCACUCCGGAAGGCAACAAUGCGGCAGCCGGAGAGGGCCAAGGGCAGGAGGGGCCCGUAACGGAGAAGGAGUCCACACCGGCAAUUGCGGAAGGCAACAACAACAACCAGUCCUCCUCCACCUCGGAUCUGCCUCCAGAGGUUCGGGUCAAGUUGCGGCGGCUGGCCAAAUUGGAACCCCGCUACCAAGAGCUUCUCAAAGCCUAUCGCAUGGCACACUCGCGAGUCCUUUCCAUCGAACCCUUCGAGGCUGCUCUUCGUGAAAAUACCCCCUUGACUUCCAUCGGCGAACCGAAAGCCCUGACCGAGUACUUGAACCAGCUGUCGCUGAAGGGAGAUAUGGUGGUGGAGGAGCUCAAGCGCGUGACCACCGAGAGGGAUGACUACAAGAAGAAACUGGAAGAGGCUCAAAAGGCAACCAAGGCUGCAUUGGAUGAGGUUGCGCAACUCAAGGCUGAGAAGGAAUUAAAUGAGAAAGCCUCGGACGCCAGUGAGUCGGUCGCGAAGUCUGAGGAGAAGCCUACAAUGGAGGGCACUGCUGUGAUUGCCGCAUCACCGAAGAAGUCGGCUGAACAUCAAGGUGAUAGUGAAGAGUUCUUUUCUUACGAUAGCGAGAUCCCUCGUCUGGAGUCCGAGCUGAAAGAGAAGCAGGAGGAGAUCGAGUCCAUGAAGACUCAAAUGGAGUCGCUGAAGCGUGAUCUAGCAGUGGCGCGAGAGUCCACCGAGGGCAUGGUUCACAACCUCGAAUCCGCAACCCGAGAGCUCACAGAACUGCGUGAUUUCAAGGAUAAGCAGGACACAGAACUCGAGAAGCUGCAGUCUUCCAAGCAAGGAGAGCUUGACGAUCUGAAGGCUAAGCUUGAAAAGUCCGAAGAAAUGGCAUCGAAGACUAGCGCGGAGAUUGAGAAACUAAAGUCCGAUUUGACAGAACGGACCGAAGAAAUCGAGAAAUUGCAAGCUAAGGCCUCUCCAUCCCCUGCUGCCGGGAAGGAUGCCGAUCUUACUGCAAAGUUGGAAAAGAUGGAGCAGAUGAAGGAGGCUAAUGAGAAACGUCUCAGUGUACUACAGGGUCUUGUCGACAGCCUCCGAUCCCAGCUGAAGGAGAGCGAAGAGGCAAUGACAAAACUGAAGGCCGAUGCUGAGCAGAAGAAGGAAAACAACCUGCAAUUACAAAACGUCGUUGACUUCCUCGACACUAAUAUGGAAGGCAAUGCCACAUGGCAAUUGACCAAGGAACAAGUCAUUGGCGGUAAGCAAGCUAAUUUCGAUGAACUUCGUGAAAGCUUAGUUCCCAGCCUUAGCGCCACUGAAGCUCAGCAGGAGCCGACGGAGACUGUAAAGCCGGUUGUGAACCCGCCAAGCGCUGCGGGAAGUGGUAAAAAGAAGAACAAGAAAAAGAAGAAGGGAGGGGCUGGCGGUGCCAAGGUCGGCGAAGAGGCUAGCAAAGCAACGGAAGCUGACCAGGAACCGUCGCCAAGCGCGGAACCUGCUUCUGCACAAUUGACAGCGAAGGUGGCUGAGUUGGAAGAAAGUAUUGAUACACUCAAGAAGCAGUUGGACGAGAAGGAUGCCGCUAUCGACCGUCUCAGCUCGAAACUCAAGGGCGAGGAAGACCUGAAGGAGGAGAUCGAGUCCCUCCGUGACGACUUGCUUCACAUAGGUCAAGAGCAUGUGGAGUCAAAAGAUAAAGUGAAGGUGCUGACUGCGGAGAAGCAAGCCUUGGAGGAAUCCAUCGCUAAGCUGGAGAAGGAGUUGACGGAUCUACGCACAAACAUUGCGUCACAUGCGUCUCAAAAUGCUGAUUCGGAGAAAGCGCAUAAUGAUCUCAAGGAGGAGUACGAGAGUAUCAAGAUCAAGCUCACAGCGCUCGAAACUGAGCUAUCUGCUGCUCAACAAUUGGCUGCCACAAGGUUCAAAGACAUCACGGAAUUGCGCGAGACUCUCCAGAGACUUCAGCCAGAGCUGAAGAAGCUGCGCGCCGAAUCUUCGGAGCUCAAGUCCACCAAGGAGUCCCUCACAAGCAAGACGAAUGAGUUGAGAAAUCUGGAGAGCAAACACGAUGACCUGCGGGCCGAGCUCAAGACCCUGAAGAACACGAUGUCUGAGCGAGAGAAAGAAGUGAAGACACUCAAUAAUAAGAUCAAGCAGGAAACCGACAGUAGGCUCAAGGCCGAGGAGAAAUUGACGGUCGCCCAGUCUGACCUGAGGUACUCGGAGAGUAAGAAGCAGGAAGCUACGGAGGCUAGGGAGAAGGCCACCUCAGAGCUGUCUAAGACUCAGGGGGAGCUCAAAACCGCCCGCGCCCGGCUCCGCGAAAGCGAAUCCCAGGCCAGUCAGAUCAACAAAGAACUUCAAGGCCUGCGGGAGGAGAUUCAACUCAAGACCGCCCAGCACGCUAGUGCUCAAAGUUUGAUGAAUAGUAUGCGCGACCAAGCUGCUGAAUUGGGUAUGCAGAUGAAAGAGGCUCGCGAACGCUGCGAAAGUCUCGAAGAAGAAUUAGCGGAUGCUCACCGGCUGCUGAGCGAACGCACUCGCGAAGGAGAGACCAUGCGGCGUCUUCUGAACGACAUCGAAAGUCGCACCGAUGCCAAGGUGCGCGAUUUCAAGGAACGUAUGGAAGCCGCCAUUGAGGAGCGAGAUCGCGCCGAGGAUGAAGCCAGUGCUCAGGGUCGACGCCGUGCGCGUGAGCUGGAAGACCUGAAGAGUAAGCUACGCGAAGCCGAGCGAGCUCUGCGAAGUGCGGAGCAGGAUAAAGAGGAACUGGAGCAGACUCAGAAGGAUUGGAAACGUAGACGGGAUCAACUGGAGGCCGAAUCUGAGAAGACGACCCAGGAGCUUGCCGAUCUGCGACAGGCCAUGGCAGGUCUGCGCGAUUCGCUGGAUGAAAGCGAGAAGCAGGUGCGCGACCUUGAGAAGGAGAAAGCCGAGCUGCGCCGAUCCGUCGAGGAAACGAAUUCCCGUUUGGAAAAGCUGCGUAAAUCGAACAAGCUGCUCCCUGAUGAAGGUCGCUUUGGUCAUACUACACAGUCGUCACGGUCCUCGAUCGAUUCUGGCUCGAGAAGAACCAUCACCUCCCCAGUUGCGAAAGAGCACAGUCCGUCGACACGCAGCGGCACGCCCACUGGAGUCGGCGCAGGGUCCAUUGAUUACAUUUAUCUGAAGAAUGUUCUUCUCCAGUUCCUGGAGCAGAAGGAUAAGAACUAUCAGAAGCAGCUGAUUCCCGUUCUCGGCAUGCUGCUGCACUUUGAUCGAACGGACGAGCAGAAAUGGAUGUCGGCCAUUUCCUCCAAGUAAAUGCUCUGGUAGCCUUCAAGCACAUAUUUGUAACUGUACAUAGUCGCAUAUAUCUCUUCGCAAACACAUAUUCACACCUUCCCCUCCCUUCGUCUUCGUCAUUCUUCUAUUCGAUUCCCCAGUGUAUACAUGCGCGCUCUUUCUGAGUCACUCUGGACACCGGGAAAGUCAAAGGUAAGGCGCG